AUAGUAUUCGGAACGAUGACAAAAACCGAAGCGAAUACAUCAGUUUUAGUGUUUUUUGUUAACGGCAAAAAGGUAACAGACGCUAAUCCCGAUCCAGAAUGCACCCUGCUCACCUAUUUGCGUGAGAAGCUGCGUCUCUGCGGCACCAAAUUGGGUUGUGGUGAAGGCGGCUGUGGCGCCUGUACGGUAAUGAUUUCGCGCCUGGACCGCGCUAGCAACAAGAUAAAGCAUUUGGCGGUAAAUGCCUGCCUGACGCCAGUGUGUGCCAUGCAUGGCUGUGCGGUGACGACAGUGGAAGGCAUUGGCAGCACCAGGACACGUUUGCAUCCAGUGCAGGAGCGUCUGGCCAAGGCGCAUGGCUCGCAGUGUGGCUUCUGCACGCCGGGCAUUGUGAUGUCCAUGUAUGCGCUGCUACGCAAUGCCAACCAGCCCACUAUGCGGGAUCUGGAGGUGGCUUUCCAGGGCAAUCUGUGCCGCUGCACAGGCUAUCGACCCAUUCUGGAGGGCUACAAGACUUUCACCAAGGAGUUUGCCUGCGGCAUGGGCGACAAGUGUUGUCGCAUGAACGGCAAUGGCAAUGGUUGUGGCGAUGAGCCCGCAACGGAUGAUAAGUUGUUUGAACGCAGCGAGUUUCAGCCGCUGGACAGCAGUCAGGAGGCCAUAUUUCCCCCAGAGCUGCAGCUGACGUCAGCUUACGAUGAGGAGAGCUUGCUGUUUCGCUCGGAGCGUGUUAGCUGGCAUCGUCCCACCACGUUGGAGCAGCUGCUGCAGCUGAAGGCGGCGCAUCCAGCGGCCAAGCUGGUAGUGGGCAACACAGAGAUUGGCGUUGAGGUUAAAUUCAAGCAUUUUCUGUAUCCUGUGCUCAUAAAUCCCACAAAAGUGCCCGAGCUGCUGGAGGUGCGUGAGACAGAGGAGAGCAUAUACUUUGGCGCCGCUGUCAGCUUGAUGGACAUAGAUGCGCUGCUGCGUCAGCGCAUAGAGGAGCUGCCGGAGGAGCAGACGCGUUUCUUUCAGUGCGCGGUGGACAUGCUGCACUACUUUGCCGGCAAGCAAAUACGCAAUGUGGCCUGCCUGGGUGGCAAUAUCAUGACGGGCAGUCCCAUCUCUGAUAUGAAUCCGGUGCUUAGCGCUGCGGGUGCGCAGCUGGAGUUGGCCAGUCUUGACGGCGGACGCCGCACUGUACACAUGGGCAGCGGUUUCUUUACGGGCUAUCGCCGCAAUGUCGUGAAGCCGGAGGAGGUGCUGCUGGGCAUACAUUUCCAAAAGACGACGCCCAAUCAGCAUGUGGUGGCCUUUAAGCAGGCUCGUCGACGUGACGAUGACAUUGCCAUUGUCAAUGCCGCUAUCAAUGUGCGCUUUAAGCCGGACACGAACGUGGUGCAGUGCAUCCAAAUGGCAUUUGGCGGCAUGGCACCUACGACAGUGCUAGCGCCGCGCUCUUCGCAACUUAUGAGGGACAAGCUCUGGAAUCGUGAGCUGGUGGAGCAGGUGGCCAACAGUUUAUGCGAGGAGCUGCCCUUGGAUGCCAGUGCUCCAGGUGGUAUGAUUGCCUAUCGACGUGCCUUGGUCAUGAGCUUGUUCUUCAAGGCCUACUUGGCCAUAAGUCGCAGGCUAUGCGAUGCGGGCAUCCUCACGCCGGAUGCAGUACCUAGCUCUGAGCGCAGUGGCGCCGAUAGCUUCCACACGCCCGUAUUGCGCUCCGCUCAGCUGUUUGAGCGCGUUUCCAGUGAGCAGCCCACUCAUGAUCCCAUAGGCAAGCCCAAGGUGCAUGCCUCAGCGCUGAAGCAGGCAACAGGUGAAGCCAUCUACACCGAUGACAUACCACGCAUGGAUGGUGAACUCUAUCUCGGCUUUGUGCUCAGCACACAGCCACGCGCUAAGAUUAUCAAGUUGGACCCUAGCGAGGCUUUGGCUCUGCCAGGCGUGCACGGUUUCUUCAGCGCACAGGAUUUGACGGCGCAUGAAAAUGAAGUGGGUCCAGUUUUCCAUGAUGAGCACGUCUUUGCCGCCGGUGAGGUACACUGCAUUGGUCAGGUUAUAGGCACUAUAGCGGCGGAUAAUCAGACGCUGGCUCAGCGUGCUGCGCGAAUGGUGCGCGUGGAGUAUGAGGCAGUGCAGCCAGUAGUGGUGACUAUUGAGGAGGCUAUUGAGCACAAAUCCUACUUCCCCAACUACCCCAUAUACAUCAACAAGGGAGACGUCACACAGGCUAUGGCCGAGGCGGAGCUCAGCUAUGAGGGCAGUUGCCGCAUGGGCGGGCAGGAGCAUUUCUAUUUGGAGACGCAUGCAGCGUUGGCUGUGCCACGCGACAGCGAUGAACUGGAACUCUUCUGUUCCACACAGCAUCCAUCCGAAGUGCAGAAGCUGGUGGCCCAUGUAAUCUCCAUACCCUCCCAUCGCAUUGUCUGUCGUGCCAAGCGUCUUGGUGGCGGCUUCGGUGGCAAGGAGUCUCGUGGCAUUAGCGUUGCCCUGCCCGCUGCCUUGGCUGCCUAUCGUCUGCGGCGUCCCGUGCGAUGCAUGCUGGAUCGUGAUGAGGAUAUGCUUAUUACUGGCACUCGCCAUCCGUUCCUCUUCAAGUAUAAACUGGGCUUCACUCGCGAGGGUCUCAUCACUGCCUGUGACAUUGAGUGCUACAACAAUGCCGGCUGGUCCAUGGACUUGUCCUUCUCGGUACUGGAGCGCGCCAUGUGCCACUUUGAGAACUGUUAUCGCAUUCCCAAUGUGCGUGUGGGCGGUUGGGUAUGCAAGACCAAUUUGCCAUCGAAUACGGCUUUCCGUGGCUUUGGAGGACCGCAGGGCAUGUUUGCCGGCGAGCAUAUUAUACGAGAUGUGGCGCGUAUUGUGGGUCGUGAUGUGCUGGAUGUGAUGCGUCUGAACUUUUACAAGACUGGCGACUACACGCACUACAAUCAGCAGCUGGAGCACUUCCCUAUUGAGCGUUGCCUGAAGGAUUGCCUCAAGCAGUCGAGCUUUGAGCAGAAGCGUGCGGAUGUGGCGUGUUUCAAUCGUGAGAAUCGCUGGCGCAAACGUGGUCUGGCUGUAGUGCCCACCAAGUUUGGUGUAGCCUUUGGCGUCAUGCAUCUAAACCAAGCGGGUGCGCUGAUCAAUGUAUAUGCAGAUGGCUCCGUGCUUCUAUCACAUGGCGGUGUGGAGAUUGGCCAGGGCUUGAAUACAAAGAUGAUACAGUGUGCGGCGCGUGCUUUGGACAUACCCAUUGAACUCAUACACAUUUCGGAGACGGCCACAGACAAAGUGCCGAAUACUUCACCCACAGCGGCCAGCGUGGGUUCGGAUUUGAACGGCAUGGCAGUGUUGGCGGCCUGCGAGAAGCUCAACAAACGCCUGGCGCCCAUUAAGGAGGCACUGCCCAAAGGCACCUGGGCGGAGUGGAUUAACAAGGCGUACUUUGAUCGCGUUAGUCUGUCGGCCACGGGUUUCUAUGCCAUGCCAAACAUAGGCUACCACCCGGAAACGAAUCCCAAUGCGCGCACCUAUAACUAUUUUACAAACGGUGUUGGCAUUUCGCUGGUGGAGAUUGACUGCCUCACGGGCGAUCAUCAGGUGCUUAGCAUGGACAUUGUUAUGGACAUUGGCUCUAGCAUAAAUCCGGCCAUUGACAUUGGGCAAAUUGAGGGCGCCUUUAUGCAGGGCUAUGGUCUGUUUACGCUCGAGGAGCUCAUGUAUUCGCCACAGGGAAUGCUCUACUCCCGCGGUCCGGGCAUGUAUAAGCUGCCCGGCUUCGCCGACAUUCCUGGCGAGUUCAAUGUCAGCUUGCUGACUGGUGCACCUAAUCCUCGCGCUGUCUACUCCUCCAAGGCUGUGGGUGAACCUCCACUUUUCAUAGGCUCUGCUGCAUACUUUGCUAUCAAGGAAGCCAUUGCUGCUGCACGCGAGGAGCAGGGCUUAAGUCCACAUUGUGAGUUGGAGGCGCCAGCCACAUCGGCACGCAUUCGCAUGGCCUGUCAGGAUAACUUCACACAAUUAAUUAACAUGCCAGAAGCCGGAUCCUACAAACCUUGGAACGUUGUGCCAUGAAAUGUAAUUCGAUAUUUUUUUUUUUAUUCAAUCUUUUUAUCAAUUUUUAGCCUAAACGUUUGCCGGCAUAUCUUUAUUGUAUAGCAUAGAAUUUUAUAU